AUGGAAAUUUUGUGGAAGACGCUGACUUGGACAUUGAGCCUGGUGGUUAUGGCUGCUUCCGAAUUUCAGAGCUUCAAUCGACUUUCACACAACUCUCAAGAGGAGUUCCUGUCCUACCUGCAGCACUACCAGCUGACUGUUCCUAUGCGAGUUAAGGAGAAUGGAGAGUUCCUGAGCUACACUGUAAAGCACCACCGACCUGGCCGACGGCGACGUGGGGCGGCCGACCCUUCGGCGGGCACCUACCCGGAGCCGCCCGAGUCCCGGCUUUUCUACAGACUCUCCGCCUACGGGAAAGACUUCCACUUAAACUUAACUCUCACCCCUCACCUGGUGUCCAAGCACUUUACGGUGGAGUACUGGGGCCGCCGAGGCAUGGAGUGGCGCCACAACCUGGUGGACAACUGCCACUAUGCGGGAUUCUUGCAGAACCGGAGCGGUGCCACUCAAGUGGCGCUCAGCAACUGCAACGGCCUGCACGGUGUCAUCACAACGGAAGAUGAGCAGUAUUUAAUCGAGCCGCUAAAGAACAGAUCCUCCCCCACCGGCAACUGGAACCCGGAGGAAGCACAGCAACACGUUAUUUAUAAAAUAUCCGCCAUACCCUCGUCGCAGGGACAGAGCCGGGAGUUUAGCUGCGGCAUUUCAGAUUUGGUUAAAAACGACUCCCUCUCCCCGGUCCGGGCGUCGGCUGAUGGUGCCCGACGAACGCGGCGCUCCGUCAGCACCGAGCGUUUUGUGGAGACGCUGGUGGUGGCCGACAAGAUGAUGGUGGGCUACCAUGGUCGCAAAGACAUUGAGCACUACAUCCUGUCCGUUAUGAAUAUUGUUGCCAAACUUUACCGCGAUGCCAGUCUAGGAAAUGUUGUGAACAUCAUCGUGACACGGCUCAUUAUUCUGACCGAAGACCAGCCCAACUUGGAGAUCAACCAUCACGCGGACAAGUCUCUGGACAGCUUCUGCAAAUGGCAAAAGUCCAUCCUGUCCCACCACAGUGAUGGCGGAAACAGCAUUCCGGAGAACGGGAUGGCCCACCACGACAACGCUGUGCUCAUCACGCGGUAUGACAUCUGCACCUACAAGAACAAACCCUGUGGAACGUUAGGCUUGGCCUCGGUGGCAGGGAUGUGCGAGCCUGAGCGGAGCUGCAGCAUCAAUGAAGAUAUCGGCCUUGGCUCGGCUUUCACCAUCGCUCACGAGAUCGGCCACAACUUUGGCAUGAACCACGACGGCAUCGGCAACUCGUGCGGCACCAAAGGCCACGAGACGGCCAAGCUGAUGGCGGCGCACAUCACGGCCAACACCAACCCCUUCUCCUGGUCGGCCUGCAGCAAAGACUACAUCACCAGCUUUCUCGACUCAGGUCGGGGGACGUGUCUGGACAAUGAACCUCUGAAACGAGACUUCCUGUACCCAACAGUGGCUCCGGGGCAGGUGUAUGAUGCUGACGAACAGUGCCGCUUCCAGUACGGGGCGUCCUCGCGCCAGUGCAAAUAUGGGGAAGUGUGUAGAGAGCUCUGGUGCCUUAGCAAAAGCAACCGCUGUGUUACUAACAGUAUUCCUGCCGCCGAGGGAACACUGUGCCAGACGGGGAGCAUUGAGAAAGGGUGGUGCUACCAAGGCGAGUGCGUGGCGUACGGGACCUGGCCGCAAAGCGAGGACGGAGGCUGGGGUCCCUGGUCCACGUGGGGGGAGUGCAGCAGGACGUGCGGUGGAGGCGUCUCCUCGUCCGUGAGGCACUGUGACAGCCCAGCGCCUUCCGGAGGAGGGAAGUACUGCCUCGGAGAGAGGAAGCGCUACAGAUCCUGUAACACCGGCGCCUGUCUUUCGGGAUCCCGCGAUUUCCGGGAGAAGCAGUGUGGGGACUUUGACAGCAUGCCUUUCCGCGGGAAGUACUACAACUGGAAGCCUUACACCGGCGGCGGCGUCAAGCCGUGCGCUCUUAACUGCCUGGCGGAGGGAUACAACUUUUACACCGAACGCUCUCCAGCCGUCAUCGAUGGCACGCGAUGCCAGGCGGACUCCUUAGACAUUUGCAUCAACGGAGAGUGUAGGCACGUGGGCUGCGACAAUGUGCUGGCGUCGGACGCCAAGGAGGAUCGGUGUCGUGUGUGCGGUGGCGACGGCAGCACCUGCGAGGCUACUGAGGGACUCUUCAAUGACUCUCUGCCACGUGGAGGUUACAUGGAAGUGGUCCAAAUCCCCAAAGGUUCCGUUCACAUAGCGAUCCGAGAAGUCACUCUUUCCAAGAACUACAUCGCUUUGAAAUCCGAAGGGGACGAGUAUUACAUCAACGGCGCGUGGACCAUCGACUGGCCGCGGAAGUUCGACAUCGCCGGCACCGCCUUCCACUACAAGAGGCCCGCCGACGAACCCGAGUCUUUGGAGGCCCUGGGAGCCACCGCCGAGAACCUGGUCGUCAUGAUCCUCCUCCAGGAGCAGAACCAAGGCAUCCGCUACAAGUUCAAUGUGCCUAUCCAGCGCACCGGGAGCGGGGACAAUGAGGUGGGCUUCUCCUGGUACCAUCUGCCCUGGUCCGACUGCUCAGCAACGUGUGCUGGAGGCUCCCAAAAGCAGGAGUUGGUGUGCAAGCGUCUGGACGACAACUCCGUGGUCCAGAACAGUUACUGCGACCCGGACGGUAAACCCCCCGAGAACCAGCGAGACUGCAACACUGAGCCGUGCCCCCCAGAGUGGUUCAUCGGCGACUGGUCCGAGUGCGGAAAGACGUGCGAUGGCGGCAUCCGCACCCGCACUGUCCUGUGCAUCCGGAAGAUGGGGCCGGCCGAGGAGGAGACGCUGGAGGACACGCACUGUCUCACCCACCGACCCAUUGAGCAAGAGGCCUGUAACAACCAGUCCUGUCCUCCCAAAUGGGUCACUCUGGACUGGUCCGAGUGUACUCCAAAAUGCGGGCCCGGCUUCAAGCACCGCAUCGCCUUGUGCAAAAGCAGCGACUUGAGCGUAACCUUCCCGCCCGCUCACUGUCCCACUCACAACAAGCCGCCGGUUCGAAUCCGCUGCAGCCUCGGCCGCUGUCCACCUCCGCGAUGGAUCCCCGGCGAAUGGGGGCAGUGCUCGGCGCAAUGCGGCCUGGGCCAGCAAAUGCGGACGGUGCAGUGCCUGUCUUACACUGGGCAGCCGUCCAACGAGUGCGCCGAGACCCUCCGGCCCGCCGCCAUGCAGCAGUGUGAAAGCAAGUGCGAUGCCACGCCCGUUUCCAACGGUGACGAGUGCAAAGACGUCAACAAAGUGGCCUACUGUCCACUGGUGCUCAAGUUCAAAUUCUGCAGUCGGGCCUACUUCCGCCAGAUGUGCUGCAAGACGUGUCAGGGCCACUGA